AUGGACCAGCUGAUGAAUCUCCUCUACUUGAACUUCUCUGAGCAACUGAGCCUGCUGGAGGAAAGUGAGGAGUGUAGCAGUGACUCCGUGGGGAAUAGCACCUUCCUGAUAGUGGCCUAUAGCACAGUCAUUGCCGUGGGGCUGAUUGGGAACCUCUGCCUAGUCUGUGUCAUUGUCCAACAAAAGGAGAUGAGGAAUGUUACCAACAUCUUCAUUGCCAACCUCUCCUGUUCCGACAUCCUCAUGUCCCUUGUCUGCAUGCCCAUCACUGUCAUCUACACCUUGAUGGACCGCUGGAUCCUGGGAGAAGCGCUCUGCAAGGUCAGCCCCUUUGCCCAGUGCAUUUCUGUCACUGUCUCAAUCCUUUCCCUUGUCUGGAUUGCCCUGGAGAGGCACCAGCUCAUCAUUAACCCUACCGGGUGGAAGCCAGCAGCCAACCAUGCCUAUCUCGCUGUAGCCCUUACCUGGGCAGUAGCCUGCUUAAUUUCAUUGCCCUUCCUCUCCUUCAACAUCCUGAUGGAGCCCUUUCGGAACCUCAGCCUCCCCUUUGAUAACUUUAAGGACCACAUGAUCUGCAUCGAGAGCUGGCCAUCAAACCAUCACCGCCUGGCCUACACCACCUUCCUCUUCCUUUUCCAGUACUGCCUGCCUCUGAUCCUCAUCAUGGCCUGCUAUUUCCGUAUCUUCUUGCGUCUUCAGCGCCGCAAGGACAUGGUGGAGCGGGCCAAGGAUGGUUCCCGGACCACCAGUCACAGGAAGGUCAACAUCAUGUUGGCUUGCAUUGUCGUUGCUUUUGCCGCCUGUUGGCUUCCCCUCACAGUCUUCAAUGCCCUCUAUGACUGGGACCAUGAGAAGAUCUCUGUGUGUUACCACAACUUCAUCUUCUCCCUCUGCCAUCUCAUGGCCAUGGCUUCUACUUGCAUCAAUCCCAUCAUUUAUGGGUUCCUCAACAGCAAUUUCCAGAAGGAAGUUAAGGCCUUGCUGUAUCGCUGUAGCUGCAGUAGCGAGAAGGACAAGUAUGAGAGCUUCCCCCUCUCUACUGUCAGCACUGAGAUCUCCAAGGCCUCGCUCCGUAGUGGGGGAACCAAUGCUUGA